AUGCGCAUCCACACGUUUUCACGCGUACCCUUAGCUUUACGAAUGUGUGGCGCAAUCCUGUUGUGCAUGUUUAUACCAGCAACCAAAGCCCAGUGGAUUCAGAAGGGGCCUACUUCCGUAAAAUUUGAAAGGGUAAGAUUUUGGCCUCGGCUCGUCUCAUUUUUAAAGGGAGCCACAACCGAGGACAGGAUUAACCAAGCUCCCAAAUCCAAUUUGCUUAGGCUAGCUAGCCACAGAAGGCCUCGCUGCCUUAUGGACAGAUGCUUUUGAGACUGGGCUUGUCUCUGAAUGACCUGGGAAUUCCUAGGAGCCAGAAAAAUCCAGUCCAUGGGAGCAUUACGCGUCAUGGACGCCCGUUUUGUGGGAUGCUGCUGCUGCAGAAGACCAUUUAACAUUCUUCUCUUGAAAUGAAAGGGAACAUUGAGGAACAUGGAAGACUUUAUUUCCCCCUAGUGACCUGGCGGACACCGCAGUGGUCUCUACCAGCAGUGAGACAAAGUGGCAAGAGUCUCGAUCCAGCAGCACGUGGCAGCCAAGGACUGGAGCGCAGGGCUGAGAUCCGCAGACCUUGGGCACCGUCUCCCGAAGGGCGCAACACCCUCAACCUCUGCGUUUUGGAAAUUUAGGUGGCCACUGGCCAGUCCAGGUGAAUAGGUGCGCUAUUAAAGGCGUGUGAAGGAAAACGAAAUAAACUGGGGCGGGGGGGGGGGGGAGAGAGCCCUAGCGCUUAAAUCCUAGUUUGAGCUCCUAUUUGAUCCGCGGCAUUUUGUGGACGCAGAAGGAGCGGAUAGGUAUACAUAACAUGGGCGGAGGUGCAGAGACUGGAGGGGAAACCAGUUUUACAAGGAGAGGGAAAAAAGCAGAAAGAGGAGAGGAUUCAUUCUUGUUCAAUAAAUAAAUACGGGGGAGCGUUUUAAGAGACAAGGAGACUCUUUUGUCUUUUCGGUGGCAGCAGAGGAGCAGGGAAUCUCUCCUGCCAUCUUUGCCUGUAUCUGAAAUGGCUGCUGCGGUUACCAUGGGGGCCCUUGCGCCGCAGUGGCUCGUCGGCUGCGGAAGAGGCAGCGUGGUAGAUGGGCCAGUUAACCUCUCCCGUGCCACCUCAGGUCUCCUGGACUCUGGGGUGGGGGGCGAGAAAGGGGCCCGCAGCCCCGCUCCUCCCUCCUUCGAUUGCGCUCAGGCUCCGAAAGACCCAUAGGUUUCCAGGGCGAGAAGACACUGUCUUCUUCAACCUCCCUCCUCUCCACUGGCCGAGGGAUCGCGUCCAGCGUUAGCUCGCCACUUGCUUAUGGCCUGCUCGGGGGUAGGGGAGAACUAGGGAGUCCGCAAUGCCCGCUGCUGCUGCUGCUGUUGAGCGAUCAAUCCGAGCCCGGCCUCCGAGCCCGGCGCCGCUUCCUCUCUGGCAGCUCAUAACAAUGUAGGUCACCCUGCUGCAUGAGAUUUGCAGGCUGGGAUUGAAACGGCUCGCCUGGCAGCCCGGAGCUCCGAGCUGGCCUCGCUCAGCAGCCGGCUCUGCACCACCCACACAGCUCCUUGGUUCAGAGAUCGCUGCUGUGGCGCGGAGGGAACCAGCCACGACGAAGCCUUGGUGUGUGUGUUUUUUUAGAGGCGUCUCAGGAGGCUGCAAGCUGGAGCUUCCGGCCCCCCGAGCUGUGCCAGCUGCCCAGAGCUCGCUCGCAGGCCCACCUUGGUAGCCAGCCGCAGCUGAGGCCUUGCGCCUGGGAGCAGGUGCAGCAGGGGAGAGUAGAAGCAUGCCUUCCCGGAGCGCAGGGAUCGGGCGGCCCCGCUGGGGCAGGAGCGCAAGAGGCGGCCCACCAACGCCCUUGUUGUGUGUGAAGCCCCUGGCCUGGCAUCCAGUCUCUGAUGCCCCCCUUAGCCUGGCCACCGCAAGGCGCCUCGCCAAUAAAAGACUCUCCCUGUGGGGAGAGAAAGAAACGGCUGGCUUCCUUCCCCUAAAGUGCGCGGACAGGCAGCGUUUUGAAGGUGCCCGUGAAGAUGUGAUGGCAACUGGAGAACUCGCCCGGCAAAAGCUGUCGCCGGCAAUGGCAUCCGUGUCUAAUGUCAGCCGUAGAUUGUCGCUGACGUGGAUUGUCGCCGACCAAGCGAGAGAGAAAGGUUGAGACCUCCCUCAAGCUAUCCUAAUCCUUUGUCGGAAGUGCAGGAUCCCUAGGAAACACGCCUCAUUUCAGAACAUUUGCUGUUUCGUGCAAGGAGCGCCCGAAAAUCCGCAAUGGAAUGAAUUCUAAGGGAAGGCCCGUAGCUCAGCGCUACGUAUCUACCUGGUUUCCACGCAAAAGAGCUGCUAUUCAGUCCCCGGGAUGCCUAUCUGAAACCUUAGAGAGACGCUGCCUUAGCACUACCAGCUUCCGAUACUAUUUCUUUAUUUCUUUGGCUCACGUUCUUGUCUCCAAAGUGAACCCCACCCCCCGUAAAGGUCUACGCUUCUCCAAAAAGUACAGACAAAGCAGUUAAAACAAAAGAGGCCGUAGGUAGAUCUUCCUUCUGCGCCUGACCUUGGUUUUGGCCUUCAUAUUGAAAUCAGCAAUAACUGGAGUUCAGUUCUUGCUGAUGUCCAUAUGAAGUUCAUUGUGAAGGUCGGAUUCAGUUUGAAAAAUUCGCUUACAAUAUCGCCCCAAACUAAAACGCAAGCAGACAGAGACAAGGGUUACCAAAAUAGACGCUGGUCCCGGCUGCAACCGUUUGGCGCUAUUUUCUCUCUCCCGCCCCAUUCACAGUUAUCUAUCUGCUUGCCUGCCUACCGUGAAACGUCACCCAGGACACAUUUUUUUUGAAACUUCAUUGAUUUCAGGAUUUAGAAUCUGAGCUAAAGGCUGUGGAGAUUUAGGGUUUUCAGCUAGGAACCAGAGAUGCAGACGCUGCAAUUCACUCGCCGCUUCCCCUGGAGUUGUAAGUUUCAGGGAGACGUCGGAAAAACUAUUCCGGCGCUUUGCAAAUGGCCAGUCUGAACUGCACGCUGCAGCCCUUUCCCCACUUGCCAGGGAGCAAAACCCGGCAAGCUUCCCUUAGACUAACACGCAUGCUGUGAGGAUCGUGCCACCUGCGCACACGCGACACGAAAAGACGCCUUGUUCGCGAGCUCAGUGUGUUUGGAAUUGCCGGCUGCGGCGCGCGCGCGUGUGUGAACGUGAGAAAGAGACACUUGACGUGGACGAAGCAGAUCCCACACCUUGCCAAAGUAUCCAAACUACGGGCAUUCGAUGUUUGCCUUCUGCUUCGGUGUCUGCACUCCCUUGGCAUGCAUUGGCACGUUGCUUCCGCCCUCCACGUGCUCCUGCCCGGCCGCGAGAGGCGUGUUCCGAGCUCUGCCAACCUCGCCAGGGCCGAUCCCGCAGCGGCUGCAUCCGCACGCUCUCUCUCUCUCCCGCGCCCGCCCGCCAUGGCGGCUCCCUUCGCCAGCUUCAACGCGCUUCCUUAUACGGCUGGCGAUCUGGCGCUCGCCUCUUUUUAGACCCUUGACAUCAGCGCCUGUAGCCGAAGCCCGACGCGCCUCGCGAGAAACCCCCCGGUGUCGGUCUCCUCCUCUUGACCUGUUUAAUCCCGGGUGAAAUACCAGUGCCUAAAAAGGCUUUCGAGGGUUUAUUUGGUUUCUGUCUGGAGAUACGAUUAUAAUAUAUACACCCACUCCUCGAAGGGAAGCGGGGGGGGGGGGAGUCUGGGUAUAUGGCUGCAUAUACCAUGCCACUUUUACAGCCCUAACCGCGUUUGCUCUGAAGCCUCUCCUUUCUUUCCAUAGUUUCACUUCCAAGGAAGUGUGCGCAGGAUAGCAGCCCUCGUGCUUUCGAUGUUUCACACGCCCUAGUUCAAUCGUGGGAUUUACUCCCAUCCACCCCCUUAAAAAAAGAAAAAUAAUCGGAUCGGGGUGAAACCCCUUCUUCCCCGCCGCACCCCGGUGAGGUAGGACACCACUUCUACUCGCGAUUCACAGACGAGAGCCAACUGAGUGAGGCUAAGAGGCGGCGACUUCCCCAAAGCUAGAAGGAUUUCUUCGAAGCCAGCUCCCAGCCCUGAAGACGUGCUCCGAAAUGGCACUACUCCCAGCUUGGUUUUGCAGUUUUGUCAGCGGAUUCGGAUUCCUAUAUUAUACCUGCGUUUAGACAGGUUGAGAACGCAGGAACCGAAGUUUCGUUGCCUUUUCGCUGGUGGCAAUCCAAGGUCCAAGCAGAUAUUUUGCAAAAGUAGACAUUUGUUCUCUCAUCCGAUCACCGGCAACUCGGACAGUUUCGCACCUCUGCACAUCAUACCACAAAUUCACAAAAUUACACUCUUCCCCCCCCCCCCCACGCCGAGUUAAUUAAUCUACAAUGUUCCGCCUCUUGGAGUACUUUUCCUAUUGCUUACAGACUAGACUCCUUAAUCGGAGGGUAUUUAUUAUGGGGGCGGGGGAAGGAUCAGUCACCCCAGUUGUGGGUGAGGGGUGGGCAACAGGAUGGUCAGUAUGCAGCUAAGGUGCAGUGCUGAACAUACCCGCGAGGAAAUAAGCCCCAUGGACCGCAGUGGGACCCAGCGCAGAGGCUUAGGAUCGCUCUGCCCCGCUCCCUUUCUUGCAUCAAAUGAAUGAACCAGCUGAGAAGGACCACCCGCCGGCCCUGACUCCUUCUCGGUCUCUCCCAGCCCUGAGGCAGGUUCAAGACCUGCGCCAAGACAUGUGCCGUCUGUCGGACGCCCGGGGAGGUCAGGCUACUUGGGCGUUUGCUGCGGCUCUGGCCCAAGCUGUGCUCCGGGUCUAGGGCAAUCCCGGAGAGGUGACCUGGUGGAUCCCUCGGGGCACUAACUGCAAGGCGGUAGAAGGCACGCUUGCUUCUGCCACGCACCAGAGCCGCCUCCUUCAAAGUCUUGCUGUCCAGAGACUGAGCAGGGGGUCGGGUGGGGAGGCGGGAGGGUUCUCCUCUUCCAGGUUUCAGAAACAGCUGGGAAGGAGGAGAGGCUGGUGGGGAUCGGGGCAACGAAGGAGCAAGAGCCCAGCUCGGAUCGCUCUUCUGGAAAAAAGAAAACCGAGUCUAGGCAGCCAUUUUCUGACGUUUUUCUGCCUUUAGGAUUGGAUCACGUUGGAGAAAGAGGAGACGGAGCGGGGGGGGGGGGCGCAGGAGCUUCGAGGGGGGGCGAUCCUGCGGCAGAAGAGGCAGGGGCUGCUGCUGCCAGGCGUGGUGGGUUUCGGCGAGCCGGAGCGGCGCAGGGAAAAGGGCUUUAUGUGCCUCUGCCCACCCCUUGCCCCGCCAUUUUGUACUUCGCCAGCUUUUCCCUAAAGUAGAGAUAGAGAGAGAGAGAUGGCUGGCCACAUGGAUCCUUCGCGGCUGCUGGGGAAGAGAGAGGCACCCCACAGCCAGACUGCUUUCCCUGCUGUCACCCCACUGGUCCUCAUGCGGCGGCGGCGAGGGGUGGAAAUAAUGAAUGGAGAAGCAACAGGCUCGGACCUCCGCACACUCAGCCCCGCUGAGCGGGGUCCCCUGGUCUUCUCCAGUGCGAAUCUAGAGUGUCCCCCCUCCACUUUGGGGGCUCCGCAUAACAACAAACGGGGUCAGGCCAGGGUCCCUGGCUUCAGCCUCCACCCGACUCUCCCGACAACCCCCCACAAAUAUAAGCCCACCCCACGCGUUUGCUUCGGAUUCUUUAAUCCCGAAUCACUGCUGACUCUGUUUCUGCACCCACAGCCACCAAGGCCGACGGGACUAUGGGGUGGAGAGGAUGGAAGGGGCGAGCCCCUACAGCCUUCUUGGAAAUUCUCAGCAUCCACUGAGGUACAGUGGUACCUCGGGUUACAGACGCUUCAGGUUACAGACUCCGCUCACCCAGAAAUAGUGCCUCGGGUUCAGAAAUUUGCUUCAGGAUGAGAAUAGAAAUCGUGUUCCGGCGGCGCAGCGGCGGCAGCAGGAGGCCCCUUUAGCUAAAAUGGUGCUUCAGGUUAAGAACAGUUUCAGGUUAAGAACGGACAUCUGGAACGAAUUAAGUACUUAACCCGAGGUACCACUGUAUAUUUAAAGUACCCUUAUAGCUCUCGAACAGUCAUAGCUUUCCCCCAAAGAAUUCUGGGUGCUGACCUCGCAGAGCUUUUAUUCCCAGCACCCUUAACAAACUGCAGUUCCCAGGAUUGUCCAUGGCUGUUCCAGCGGUAUAAGACUGCUUUGGAUGUGUGCCGCGUGGAUGUGACAACCCAAAACCACGGAGAAUUUCCCAGCUGCAACUUCUCCCCGGAUUCUAGCCAGUUCUUCCUGGUCUCUCCAACAAGUCACCUGCUACUCAGCUCCUCGGGCCUGAGGGCCAGGAUGCCACCCGUUGCCAGCGCAGAAACGGGAGAGUUUGAACGCCGCCAAGGGCAGCCGCAGUAGCUCAGGCUCGGCUUGCGAACAGGGUGACAGUUCCAACGGGGUGUGCACCCGCUUCUCCCCUUUGGAAGCCUGCAAUAUUGCACCACGGAAAUGAGUGAGAGUGGUGGUCUUGGCUUCGGUUAUCCGACCCCUCCGGAGAGUCCAAAGCAACGCUUAGCCUUGGCUUAGCUUCUUCUCAAAUAUGCUCACCAAAGCCUUCUGUUGUCUAUAUGCGUAUCUAGACUUCUGUUGUGUAUAUGCGUAUGUGUGUAUGUUGUAUAUAUGUGUGCGUGUAUAUAUAUAUUUUCUGUUGUAUGUAUAUAUGUGUAUAUAUACACAGAGAGACACGUCUCCAUCGCAGCCAUUAUGGCACAUGAGGCUGUGGGCGGAUGGGAAGGAACUGGGCGAGAGGGACCCUUCGGAGACCUUUGUCACCCUGAGACACAAACCCAUCGGACUUCUCUGGCGGGGCUACUGAGGCCCAACUAGGCGCUCGGCAGAGAAUGAUAGGAGGCGGGCAGCUCUCCCACAGAAACCCUUCAGAGCAGGAUGUCUCGCAACCGAAUUCCCUACUGCACCGUGUUUGUUUUGCCUCUCCAAACCAGUCCAACAGCUUCUCAUGUGCGGCCGCACAAGUGCCCAGGGUUAUUUAUUUAAUUUUUGCUACAUAUUGGUUGCAUGCCUUGGCACGACCGUGCUGUAUUACCGAUGCCAACACCAACCCUGCCAGAUCCCCAUUUUUAAACUCCGUGAUCCUUGGAUGCCCUUCCCACGCGGGGCAGGGUGAUUUGGAAAUCCAUGCGUGGGUGCGCUAAGAACACGCGGGGAAGGCUCUUUCUCUCGCUCCCCUCCUCCUUCCCACUCUCCCACUCUCCCACCCAACCCCACCCCACCCCGCCGCCGCCCGGGGGCUGGUUUGAAUAUGGCCAGGCAUCCCUUAGCUAGUCCAAAAGGGGCGCGUCGCCUCCAGGGAGAGGGCGCGCGCAAGAGAUCCGAUAAUUCCGCUACAGCAGGCAGAAAUCUGGUGUGGGGGGAGGAGGGGAAAGUGUGUGUGUGUGUGUGUGUGUGUGUGUGUGUGUGUUGGAGGGGUGGGGUGGAGUGGGGAGACUGGCGACACGAAACUGCAAGCCUGGUUUUCGGAUUGAUUGGGGAGCAGGGUGGCGCCUUCAUUAUUUCAGCAGAAAGAGGAACAGAAAGAGAGAAAGGGGCGUUUUGCAAUGCUGCAUUGCAGGGUGUUGCCAGCACAGAGGCAAACAGGGAAGGAGGUCCGUAGUGUUGCAAUGCAGGUGCGGGAUCCCCUUGCGUGACGACGGCGAGGCUGGGCUGGGCUGCGGGCGAAACGGUACCAAGGCAGGCUCCCCAAGGCCUCCAUUUCCCCCAAGCCCCUUCCUCCGGCCAUUUGCUUCUCUGUCCAUUCCUGAUGCUUCUGUUGGAUCUGCGGCCAUCCCUUUCCAGGUGGACGUGACAAGGUGCUGCCGGAAGGUCCAGCGCCGGUACUGUUUCCGAUCCACACGGAUCGGCAGCGUCUAAAAAGCGGAGUCCCCCCCCCCCAAUCCUAAAUAUCUGGCUUGGAGAUACACUGCGCUGAAUUCAGCCAGUUUUUCUCCAUUCCUCUUCCCACCCAGAACUUCGGGGAAACGGAGGAGGGCUAGAAACGCGGUCCUCGAACCUCAGGCAAGACACAGAAACACGGCUUGACAAGACCACUUCUGAGUGCAGCGCCAUCCUAUACACGUCUCGUGAGAAGUCAUCCCCAGUGAAUUCCAGGGGGAUUUAGCUCGCAGCUAAAUGUGGAAAGAGGCGAUUCUGACUUCCUUUACAGUGUCGCUUUUUCUAUCUCGAGAGACGUCUCGGCGGUGGGGAUUUCAGACUUCUGGGGGAAAGGAAACGCGCUCGACCUCCCAAGGGGAUUGAUGAGCAACCACCAUCCACUCGGACCGGUUAAAGUUAAGCUGAAAUUGCAUGCGCAAACGAUUCCAGUUGCCGCAGUCUCAGUUCCUUUGUUUCAGAGGCUCAGAUUCUUCAACCUUCUACUGUAUGUUUUCCAAGACCUUAUGCUCAAAUCCACUGGGUGAUAUUUGACCAUUCACUUGCUUCCUUUUGGGGAACAGAGAGAAAGAAAGACUCAUUCAUUCAGGGUGAGGAGGAAGAGAUGACCUCCCCCAUCCUCCGAGCCAUGUUUCCUAGGAAGCAAAUGCCAUGGGUUUCUGUAUGGCCAUCCAAGGAACCGGGCUGAGGGACGCGCUUCUUCACUAAAGGGUUUCUCGGCUCUUGCUUAUUUACUUAUAUGCCGCUGCUCCUCCAAGGGCCUCCGGGAGCCGCACACGACGGUACCUUCUUCGUUUUCCCCUCUUAACAAUCCUGUGGCGGUAGGUUAGGCUGAGAGCGAAGGACUGGCACGAAGCGACCCUGAGAACUACAUGCCCGAGUGGGUUUUUUGAAGCAGUUGCAGCCCAGCUCUCUAAACAGAACAUCUUAGUGGCGCGCUCUUAACCAAGGAAGUAUGACUUUAAACGCAGUUGACUUGCAAAUUACCAGAUCAUCAGUUACCGAUACAGCAGAUGCUUGUACCUGCUUACUCGGAAGUCAGGUCCACCACGUUCAGGGGCACUUAUUCCCCAGUAGGAGAGUAUAGGAUCGCAGCCCGCAAUGAGACCUAUUAUCGAUGGGACUAUCUAUGGCUGCUCGACUAGAGGAAGGCUGCGGUGAUCCUAAGGCUGCGAUGAUUCAUCCUAUAGGCACUGUUACAUAGAAGCCAGUCUCACUGGGCACACUGGAAACACGCAUAGGUUCUUAAGGAUACUCUUAAAGUAAACCACAGGGGUACAUCAGUGGGACCUUCCUUUUGACUCAAUAAGGUUAGGAUCGGGCCAACACAAUCUUCUAGACACGUGGCGUGGCAACAUAAUCGAAGCCGAGCGCUCAUCGGCGACCUGAGAGUGUAAAACGGGCUCUUGCUUGGCCGCCAGUUCGACGUCAUUUUCCUCGGGCUAAGGACGUCGAGGGAUCCCUUUCCCCACCGGUUAUAUGAGUAUUUAUUAAAUUAUUAUUUAUUAAAUGACACUGCAGAAGGAAAACGAGAGAUCUCUGAAAGGUCUUCCUUGCUGCUGCAACUAUCUCUUGUCCCCGCAGCGGCUGGGCCAUUGGGAACGACUGAAUCCGGUUUAGCGGGCGCGGGGUCUUCCAGCAGCCCGGCCCUUCCCCCUCCUUCAGCAGGAACUCGGAAAGGCGCAGAAACCCGAGCAGCCUCUGAUCAUCCGCAGAGCUAGCGAGGCCUUGCCGGGCACGAGGAGUAGCACGCGCAGGAGCAUCGCCAAGGCUGCAGCGGCCGACCGGCUGCGCCAGAUUCGCCCGGAGCUCGCCGUGACUCAGGUCUUUGUUCGCAGAUCCUGCAACAAGGGCAGCUACAGAAAGUCAGCGAUUCGAGGUAGCCUGGAUUCCUUUGCGCAGGCGCAAGGUGCCACGUGGCCCGAUCUGGAUGAGCUUAACACGCGCUGCGGCGGAUCCUCUUCCCGCUCCGCGCGGGCUGAUUCUUGGAGCUGA